AUGCGGCGGGCGAGCUGGAUAUCCUUGGGCAUGAUCGUGACGCGCUUGGCGUGGAUCGCGCAGAGAUUCGUAUCCUCGAAGAGUCCCACAAGGUACGCCUCCGCGGCCUCCUGGAGAGCUGACACCGCCGUGCUCUGAAAACGCAGGUCCGUUUUGAAGUCCUGCGCGAUCUCCCUGACCAGGCGCUGGAACGGCAGCUUCCGGAUCAGCAGCUCCGUGCUCUUCUGGUACUUACGGAUCUCCCUGAGAGCCACCGUCCCGGGUCUGAAGCGGUGGGGCUUCUUCACCCCUCCCGUAGCCGGCGCCGACUUGCGAGCCGCCUUGGUCGCCAGCUGCUUCCUCGGCGCCUUGCCUCCCGUCGACUUCCGAGCCGUCUGCUUCGUCCGAGCCAUCAGGCAACCUGCAGCAGCACUUCUUCCUUCACCUUUCUGCAGAGAUCGACGAUCACCUUCGCUUUGCAACCUCCGUCGCCGGCGGGAUAUAUGUAGGGAAGAACGAAAUCGGCGGGAACAAGGUUUCGCUUGCGAGUGCCAAAGAUUCAAUUUUUCUCGAAAAUCUGGCCAAAAUGUCAUCCCUUGA